ACAGUACAAAAAAUAGUUAGCUUCAUCAUGGCGCAGCCGAGUAUCCGCGUCCACGGUGUGCGCGCGAACAAGCGCCGCACACUGCCAACAGACAACGGAGGCGUAUUCUUUAGUGAGUCGCAGUACUCUUCGUCGCCAUUUCUCGUCCGUGUGACGUUCGACAGCGUCUCAUUCGUGCAUCGCGGGACACACGUCGUGGAGCGGCGCUUUGUCUUCCCAGGUCGCGUCUUGCACGCUGUACUGGCGGAUUUCUCUCCCGAAGUAUUAAAUGAUGUAACAACACAAGCUAUUGGAUCUUCACCAGGCAGAAGAGCUCGGAAAGCGUCGCUAAAUCCUCAUUUGCACCCUCAUUUAUGCGUUCUGGUGCGUUCCGACUGCUUAAAUGUCUACACCGCAGGUGGAGAAGUGUUCGAGGUGGCGCUGCCGUUCCAGGCCAACAAACUAUUACCCAUGGAUGGACGGGGCUUACUGUUGCAGCGCAGUCCGGCGCCACCGAUCCCGUCGUCGUCGUCAAAACGACCCAGAGAUGCUGCAGCAAUGGCGCUGGCCCGGAAAAACCGACGCGCCAGCACGAGUAACAGAGGGGAUGGGGAUAGAUACAAGUACAGCUCUGGGGACAAGAGCGCACCGGCGAGACCACGUUAUUUUACACUCAGGCACCCGCUAGAUGAGGUCAAACCUGUGGCGUUAAGUGCAGUGGGAGGGAAAAGUGGGGACAAGUUUCUCUCGGACUCGGCGUUGGAAGCUGUGGAUGUACUGGAGGUUGGCAUGUCGGCUGUUUUGGUGGUGUUCCAUCGCUGGGAACAGAGGUUUUGUGUUUUUCGGAUGAAUACGGUGCAGAAGUCGACGAGCAGCUUGAUGCCGGAGGUUAAAGUGGUGGAUGGCCCGACGUGGACGAGAUAUAGAGCUAGAAGUGACUUGGAGGAAUUACGCGUGCGGAUUGAACCGGAUUGGACGGCGACGAUGCUGUGGAAAACGCCCCGUGUUGGACCAGCGAAUUCUAAACCGAUGUUUUUGUCGCCGAUUGCUUCGGUUCCUUCUCUCUUGACUGCUUCUCCUGUUACACCAUUGCCGUUAAUGAACAGCAUGUCGUCAACCUGUUCGGGAAAUGUUACCAAAGUAACAUUUAUUGCGUCAGACGUCGAUGGACUUCCGUUGCUGUGCAUAAUGGACAAAGAUGCUGGAACACUUCUUAUGACACCAUUCUCACAACAAGAAAACGCUACGGCAGUGCCUGGCGAAGGUGAUAAUGAAAUUGGUAGCGUUCGUAUCUUGCACUGUCGCAACGCGGUUCCAAUCAGGCAGCGUAGUCAAGCAAAAUCAUGUGAAGGUGGUGAAGAUCAAGAUUUUGAAAGUUCUAUCGAUAUUGUGGUGCUUGAAAAGGAUGGCACUCUUGUCCUAUAUAGAGCACAUCUUCCUAUUUGCCGCCUAGUCCUUCCUGAUGUGGAGCAGAAUGAUGCUGGCACUGUAAAUGUAAAUGGUUCAGGGAAUAUGCGCUUGAAUGCCAACCUACAGUUAAACUCUAUAUGCAAGGGUGACGCCUACGAAAUCGUGUAUCCAGAUCUGUAUGGUUGUUACAAUGGGAAGAUCUGGCGAUGCGAACAUCCGUUAAAGAUCGCGAGCUCGCCGCUGUUACGGCAAGCUUUUGAUGUGCUGAUGUGCAUAGUCCCCCCGACAGAAUUGAGGGCGUUUAAGGCGCAAGUAAUUUGCAGAGCACAACAGAAAGCUCGAACUUCUGUGCAAGCUGACGACUUCACGAGUGGUGGGUUUGAAUGGCAGUCUUUCUGCGAGAGCAUCAUCGGUCUGUUGCCGUACCAAACAGUUGAGAGAGACGAAGCUCUGGUGUCUGACGGAGUCGCUAUUAAGGAUGACGAGAUGACUUCUGCUGUUUCAAGUUCGUCAUCGUUUGAUGCGCUUUGCCUGAGUCAUUUUCAUGACGUUUAUCAAUACGAGCACGCGAUGCUGUUCGCCACAAUGGAGCUUCCCGCUGUGGAGCCCAGCCUCAGUGAUAAUCGUGCUACUAGCCUGGAAAACAUGCAACGGAAUGAAAAAUACUCGCUCAUGGAAGAGUAUGUGGGAGCAAUAUUUGCAGGGCUUCACUUGCUCUGCGAAGAUUCUAAGUUGUCAAUUACGCUCUUUAAAGAGCGUUUGCAUCUAGCAGAGUUACUGUUAAAAAUGGCUCUGCGACUGAAGCUGGAUCCUUUUGUUGCGUAUUAUAAUGAUGAUCAUUGCGUUCUACAACACCGAGCAGUACCGACAGAGAAAAGCUCGAGGUUGAAAUUACAUUCCAAGACCGAAGAUGGAGGAUUGCUUGGCUUUAAGAAGUAUGGAUCUGUGCCAGACUUGGUCUUGUGGCUUAAAGACAAGAUGACAGCAAAGUCUCACACAUCAGUGGAGUUCCCUACGCUUCAUAACGCAGUGCAAUCGUCUGGCAGCUUGUCUCGGCACCCUGAUAACCCACUUCGGCGCACGAGAGCGAUCUGCCGUGUAUUCGAGCUCAUUUUUUCAAGCUCAGCAGAGAGGGAUCCUACUACACAGUCGGAUGCUUUCAAGCUGAUCGUGUAUCUCACUCAAGAUCCAAUCGGUAGCGCAUUAUCAUUGGACGAUCUUCCUGUUGGUCUAAGCUUUCCUAUCGUCCAAACGAUCCGCCAAGUGAAGCACCACCCGCCUCCUUUUAUCACCGAAGACGUUUGUGCGUUUGUGGGACGAGAAGAUCUCAGUAUCGCAAGCGCAGAAAAUCUGACCGACCAUUUCGACUAUUCUGAAAACCAGCAACAACAUGAUUUUGCGAGUAAAACUGGAGACAUGAGCUUUCAAGCCGAAGAUGAGUACCGCGAUGACUGUGACGGUCUCGAAGACAUUACAAGUCGAAGUCAGCCGCUUUUCCCUACCGACCAGAGAAUGAAGGAAGUCGCUCGACUGCUUCGCUCGAGUCGCCCUCUGUGUUUGAAGUUAGAAAAGACGCCGGAUUUGUCGGAUCUCGACUACGCGCAGCAACAACAAUCUCGCUUGUUGCUGCUGUGCAAACGAUCGAUGGCGCUGUCCGUUGCACGUGGCAUGGUCACGCUUGGGAGUUUUGAUGUUUCUACAGCACAAACUCAAAUUUGGCGACUUCAAAUUCCUGCGCUGCCCCUUCAAGGUCGGAAGCCACCAACAAAUGCAAUUGUGGAGCUUGAUCUGUCCGGCUAUGCUAAAGAGUUGACGUAUUGGCCUCAAUUCCACAACGGGUGUGCUACAGGGUUACGACUUCCAGCACAAGACCUCUCGGGCGUCAUUAAUCGUCAUUGGAUCAAGUAUCACCGACCGUCAGUGAAUGAUACGCAGCGAAGCCCAGGCGGGGCUCGACAAACUGCAACGACCCAGUCAGCUGAUACUACCGGUCGUAAUUUGGAGGAGGCAUAUGCAGCACAUGCAGGGUUAUUGCUGGGAAUCGGUCUGCGCGGUCAUCUUAAGUGCUUGUCCAUGGCUGAUGUAUACAACUACCUGUCGCUGUCAAAUGAGUUCGUGACUGUAGCAAUCAUGCUCGGCAUGGCGAGCACGGCUGCACACUGUCGACGCAAGCGAAAGCAGGCUGCAGCAACAAAAAAAAAAAAGGUUGGCACUAGUGAUGAUGGAAGUCACGCGUCACCAUCUAAAAACGCCGAGGAGAUGACACCAGUUGAGACAGAUCAGUUCUUCUCUAAUUUCUCCGAGCUUUCAUCGUCAGAUCAAACGCCUCUAUUAGGAACGGGCCUAGAGUUGGCGCUGGAGCGAUCAGUAUCCAAGAUGUUGUGUCUUCAUGUGCCGUCAUUGCUACCUUCGCCAUUCGGGGGAUUUUCAGUGCCAGCAUCUACGCAGACAGCGGCAUUACUUGGACUUGGAAUUUUAUACCAAGGCACAGGUUAUCGACUGAUGACAGAACUACUACUCGCCGAGAUAGCGCGUUCUCCGUCGAGCGCUCAAUUUGUGGGAAGCAACAGUAAUGCAGGAUUGUCGACGUCUUCGUUUGAUCAACUGGAGGGAUACGCCUUGGCAGCAGGGAUGGCACUCGGUCUUGUCGUGCUUGGACGAGGCCAAACUACAUCAGGUGACCCUGGCCUUGCUGAUCUCAAGCUGGAGGAAAAGCUUCACAAGUACAUUGUCGGUGGCGCACAACAGUACCGGGAUGCAAAUGCAGCCGGGAGUUGUCUGUAUCGAGGUCGUCGUUGGCAUCGGUUUGGUAGUGGAGGCAAUGGCAUUAACGCUGCGGUUAAUGGCAGCACCACAGGUAACGGUACACCCAAUAACAUGGCAUCAUCUCCUGGCGCUGGUCGCGAUACAAAACACUCAAGCGAUCGCAGUGGGGCUCGUAGUGGUGGCGAGCACGUGAACAUCGGGGUGACUGCCUGUGCUAGUGCUCUGGCAUUAGCCUUCAUGUACAUGCAGACGAAUAACAAGGCGGUGGCGGCACAACUAGUGGUUCCCGAUACGCUUAUCCUUCUGGACUAUGUUCGCCCCGACAUCCUGUUGGUACGCACGCUGGCAAAGAACUUAGUAAUGUGGAACGGCAUCUCUCCGACAACGGAAUGGAUUGAGCGCCAUGAAGUCCCAGCACAGCUUCUUCAAGCGUACAAGUCUAUUCAGAUGUAUGGCGGCGACGUAAGAGGAGACACCAACUAUUUGAGGGGCUCGUCGUCACAUUCUGACCUCCACUCCAUUUGCGAGGCCUACGCAAACAUUGUUGCUGGAGCAUGCAUGAGUGUUGGGCUACGGUUCGCUGGAACAGCAAACUCGUCCGCUCGGACCACACUGCGCAAGUACGUUCUUCACUUUCGUGAACUAAGAUCAAAGGCUUCAUCUUCGUCGUCUUCGAUGAUUCUGAGAGGAAGUAGCAGUGUUGUUGCUGCUGCGACGGAGCGGGCAACUAUUGAACGGUGCUUAGCGGUGUGUGCACAGGCACUAGCUUUAAUUGACGCAGGAACGGGUCAUGUUGAGACGCUGACACUGCUGCGUUCGAUAACAUUGCGGCAGCGUGUGGACGCGGCAAUGAGCUAUGGCAACCACAUGGCUCUGAGUAUGGCGAUUGGAUUGCUUUUCCUCGGCGGAGGACGUGCCACUGUGUCACGAUCGAAAGAGGCUAUUGCGGCGCUUGUGAUUUCACUCUAUCCGAUGCCACCCAUGAAUACGGCUGAUAACAAGUACCAUCUACAGGCUUUCCGUCACCUUUACGUGCUGGCAGUUGAUACGUCGAGGCUGCUGGAGACUGUGGACGUGAAUACUAAAAGGACUUGUGCAGUUCAGGUCCGAGUGGACCUCCAUCCUGGUGAAGAUGACUCGGUGGAUGAUACGCAGCCUUCGCACCGGGUACAUCGAAGCCCAUGUCUUCUUCCAGAGAUCACAACGAUCGAACGGCUUGUCAUAUCCGACCCUGAGUUCUACCCGCUUGAAAUUCUUACACCGCACUCUGAUGAUCGGACAUCUUUGGAGACUGGCAAAAUGAAAACUGCUAAUUCUCUACGGUUGGAACUGUUGCGAAGCAAGAAUGUAGUUUUCCUGAAGCGCAGACAUCGCAAAGACUUAAGAUAUUUUACUGGUUUUACGGAGGAAUUGGAGCACCUGCAUGACCGACACGAGUAUCACAGUGGCGGUAGCAACGACAAUCGAUUGAGGAGACUUUUUCGUGCGUACCUCAUGAGUACUAACGGUGACGAUGACGACUGUGAAGAUGUUGAGGACGAAGGAGAUGUGGCAGAUUGGGGCGGCAGUUGGUGGGCAACGCAGUUGAGCCCACGGGCGCUGGAACAUGUCAGAGACGAGGAGCAAUUGCUAAUGCCAUCAUAUCUGAACGCAUUACAUGCACUCUUUCGUCUGCAGCAAGUGCCACAGCUGGCAAGUGCUAUCGAAGUCGUCGACCUAAACUUGUUCAGCGAGUACUGCUGUUUACAAGGGUCGCUAUUGGAGACAUUGCCGCCUGAGUCGAAAGAUGAAGGGAAAACUCAACUCGUGAAUGUGUCUGGAGGAAUCGCGGAGAAAAGAUCUUCGCUAUCCGAGUUUGGUGUAUGGCUCUCGAAUCAAACCGAAGAGGCUCUCAGUGCUCUGUGGCGUCGAACCUCGUUGGAUAUUUCUUCUCUCGCUUCAGCACGGGUUCACCUAUUGGAACCUGCGUCGUGUUCAUCGCAUGGGAAGCGUGUGGUCGAUAGAUUUUUCGUCAGUGUGUUGAUGCGGUACUUCGGCGGUCCUUCGGCGUCCUCGCUACUGAUUAGACUUGCUGAGCAGGACUGGAGAACCAAGUUUCAAAGAGUGCUGGCCGCUUGUUCACAAGCCCAGCGACAUGCAGGGGGCACACAAUCGCCAGCACGAUUUCAGUUGUCUGCUUUUCUUGACCAAGAUGAGCUCACAGAAGCGGAAAAGACCUUCUGGCUCAAGUUGGUAUCAUUCUUCCUGUUCUCAAACUAACACCAAGUGAAUGAUGACAAGAAGUUGUUAUCUGUUUUGCUAGUGCUAUUUAGUUUUUAUUGCCUUGCAGUCUUGAACCGAAGUGGUUGCGUGAAGAUGGCAAAUAUCUCCUGAUCUGCUCGCAAGUGUUUUCCUAUCUAUUCACCCCGAACCUACAAAAAAUUGAGUGCUCCAUCUUCAUCUGGAAUGGGGCUGGCCGUCGCCUGUAGUGUCUUGAAUGGUGGCAGUUCGCGCGCCUGGAGACACGUACACAACACAUGAGGUCCGCUCGCUGAUCAAUCAGAAAGCCCGCUGGUCACCAGUGUCGCCUCGCUGCUAAGCUUUUGUCCUGGCUGUCGAGAAGCAUCCGCGCACGUCCUUGCCGCUGUUGCUACCUCUACAUUUUUUUUCUUUGUGGGAACUAUUUUCUC